AAAGGCCAAAAGCACAGGGACCCGCGGGCCGAGCAGGAGCGUUCCCGUCGAGGAUGCUGCAGCGCCGGCGCUGGGUUUUCUGGAGCAGCGAUGUCCCCGAUGUUCCGGGUGGAGCGGCACAGCUUCACUGGGUCAGAUGCCCCUUUUUAUCCUGUUUUUUGUCCCUUUGGGUUGGUUUCUGUUGGGAUCCUUCAUUUGCAUGAAGGUUUAAGGCGCUUAAUUGGCCCAUUACAGUUCUGUCCAGGGCGGUUUCGCUUGGGGGGUGCUGCACUUUACUGAGGUGUAAUGCGGUACAUUGAGUACUGUAUUUCUUAUAACUACCCUUUUAACCCCUUUUACAAUAUAACAACCAAACUAACAAUGCUUAACAAUUAUCAACUAUUCUACAACAGUUCCUAACCUAUUUUUGACACAGAUCAACACAUCUCCAGGUCGGUGCAAACCUGACCGGUGCCGAUGCGGCUGCAGACAGGAAGGUCACCCACGGCCAGCCGGUCCCUGCAAAGCGGGGUUUGGUCCCCUGAAGGGUGCUCGGCCCGUGACCUGAUGCGUUUGGUUUGUGAGAGUGGAGGGCCCGUCCCGGCCCAGUGUCCCUGCCCGGUGUCGCUGCCCGGCCGUGGUUCCCGAUGUCUUUGCCCGCUGCCCGGUGUCCCUGUCCGGUGCCGGUGUCCCUGCCUGGUGUCCCUGUCCGGUGCCGGUGUCCCUGUCCGGUGUCCCUGUCCGGUGCCGGUGUCGCUGCCCGGUGCCGCCGCCGAGGGGCGCUGGCGGCUCGCUGCGGGGAUCACGUGACCGCAAUGGCGCAGCAGUUCUGGGUUCUGAGGUGUUGCUGCUGCCGCCGCUUCCAGGGGCAGCAGGCCAAGCGCAGCAGGCGGUGGAGCUGCAGCGUGUGCGGCCAGCGGCAGGCCGUGCAGAAGGUUUAUGGGCAGGGCUCGGGCCUGGAGUGCAGGCGCCACGUCCAGAAGCUGAACUUGCUGCAGGGUGAAGCAGAGGAGGAGCUGGGUUGGACAUCUUGGUGUGUAGAAGACUCUGUAAACGACAGCAAAAAUAGAGCAGCACAGCAUGAGGACAGUUCAGUCCAGCAGGAGGGAAGGACAGAAGGCAGUCGCUGGAGUAAAUAUCUGGACCAGGAGAGUGAGGAUCAGGAAGAUGAGGAGGAGGCAGCUCUGGAAAGGCAACAGUUCUGUUCCCAGAGAAAGAACACUGUGGGAGAACAAAGGAAACACCUGAAGCGCUUCCUCUCCAGCGAUGUUCCGGAGCAUGCAGAAGAAAGUGGAGUUUCUCAGCUUGUCUAUCAAGCCAAAAAAGUUAAAACCGCUGAGUGCAAGAAAUACUUUGUAGCAGUGCCUGAUGGAGACGCUGGUUCUGGAGGCAGUGUGGUUCCUGCUGUCUGUGAGACUGUAGUGCCUGAGGAGAAUACACAGCCCCCAACUUGUACCAAACCAUCCAAGUGGGGAAAAUUUCUCUCAUUAUCUGACAGCUCUAGUGAAAAUGCUGCUGCAGUGACCAUGGCACUGCAGGAGGACAGUGGAGGUGUGGGGCUGGAGAGCACAGCUGCUGGGGAGGCCUGGAGAUGCUCAGAUCAGGCUGGAAGAACUCUGCCUCAGGGUACAGGUUUUAAAUUUAAAAAGCAUGUUGCUAGCACUGAGGAUCUGGCCUCAAGACUGCCCAGCAGCAGGUGCUCAGUUGAGGAUGUGCUCAGAGACUCUCACAACCAGGUGCUAAGGGUGGGAUCUGCUGCAGAGACCACUGCAGGAAGGUGCUGCUUGGAUACCACGGGGAGGCCAAACACCCUUGUUAACUCUUACCCUGGGCCAAAGCUGAGCAAUGUUUCUUGUGAGCAACUUUUCUGCACAGGUGAGGAGUUUGAUGAUGAUCUCUGAAGUUCAGGCAUCUUUGGCAUGUCUUUCUUGGCUCUAAUGUAUUUGAGAUGUUGUUUACUGAGACAAUUUUGAACUAAAGGUGGUUUCACUCAAAGCCAUAGAGAACUG